AAAUCUCACAUACACCCUCAUAUAAUUUCUUCCCCUUUUCCUUUCUCUCUCUCUAAAAGUCCAAAUCUUCCGUAAAAUUCAUCUUCUAUCUGUUUCCGUUUCUGUUGAUUUUCCUGAAUUUGGUUGGUCUCAUCUUUUUAUCUAAAAAUAAUUAAACAAUUUGGGCCUGAUUCUGAAACAUGAAGUUUUGUGGGUGUGAUUGAGUGUUUAUUUGGGGAAAAAUCCAUGAAUCUUGGUGGAGGUCAAGUAGUUAACAAACAAUCGAUGAUGCCUAGUUCAAGUGGUGCUUCUUGGAAGUCAACCACUGGCGGCGGAGUCAGUGGUGGUGGCGGAGGCGGAGGCGACGGCGGCGUCCCUGAUCAGUUUCCGGCCGGUCUACGGGUGCUUGUUGUUGAUGAUGACCCAACUUGUCUCAAGAUCUUGGAGAAGAUGCUUAGAAACUGCAACUAUGAAGUGACUAAAUGUAACAGAGCCGAAGUUGCUUUAUCGCAUCUGAGAGAAAAUAAAAACGGAUUCGAUGUUGUUAUAAGCGACGUUCACAUGCCUGAUAUGGAUGGAUUCAAACUCCUUGAACACAUCGGAAUUGAAAUGGAUCUCCCUGUUAUCAUGAUGUCGGCUGAUGACAGCAAGAGUGUAGUGAUGAAGGGCGUUACUCAUGGCGCCUGUGAUUAUCUAAUAAAACCUGUGAGAAUCGAGGCAUUACGUAACAUAUGGCAACACGUUGUUCGAAAAAGAAAACACGAAUGGAAAGAAUUCGAGCCAUCGGCAAGUGCAGAUGAACAGAAACCCCCAGAAGAGCCCGAUUAUUCCUCUUCUGCAAACGAAGGGCAUAAUUGGAAAAACACAAAAAGGAGGAAAGACGAAGACGAUGAAGCUGAUGAAAGAGACGAUUCAUCUUCUCUGAAGAAGCCACGUGUUGUUUGGUCUGUCGAACUCCAUCAACAAUUUGUCGCAGCUGUUAAUCAGCUCGGAAUCGAUAAAGCUGUUCCUAAGAAGAUCUUGGAGUUGAUGAACGUUCCCGGGUUAACUAGAGAAAACGUUGCUAGCCAUCUUCAAACCUUUCUUCCUCACAACUGCAAGAAUUUGGUGCAGAAAUACCGGCUUUAUCUAAGAAGACUGAGCGGGUCACAGCAUCCGGGUGGGCUAAGCACCGGGUUCAUGGGUAGCCCAGAAGCUGGAUACGGGUCGAUUUCGUCUCUCAAUGGGCUUGAUCUUCAAGCCCUAGCUGCUAGUGGUCAACUCGGUCAACUCCCUCCUCAAAGCCUUGCAACCCUUCAAGCCGCAGCUCUUGGUAGAUCAAAUAACUCAAAGUCUCCAAUUUCAGUCCCUGUAAUUGACCAAAGAAACAUUUUUAGCUUUGAAAACCCGAAACGUUACACAGAAGUCCAAAGUCAACAUUUGACCAAUAAUAAUAAUACCAAUAAGCAAAUGAAUUUACUUCCCGGGAUUCCUACAAACAUGGAGCCAAAGCAGUUUGUGAGUUUGCAUCAAUCAGGUCAACAUUCAUUCGGGAGUAUGAACAAUCAAGUUCUAAUCCAGAUGGGUGGUCAAAAUCAAAAUCAAAAUCAAAAUCAAAGUCAAAGUCAAGGUCAUGGUCAUGGUCAGUCGAUUCCGAAUGCUAUUCCUCAUCAUGGGAUGAGGCAACAGCCGGUUUUGUCCAGUGAGAUGUUGACACGUGGCGGAGUGGUUGACCUGGCGACAACAACGGUGUACAAUCCCGUGGUGUCACAAGCUUCGUCUCUUGUGGAUUUCUCAAUGAAUCAUAAAACGGAUUCGAGCGGGAAUAGUUACCCUAUCGGGGGUAGUUUGGGAAUUUCAAAUAUUACGUCCUCAUCAUCGACCCUACAAGGAGAUGGGAGCUUAGAUAGUAAGGUUUCGAGAAGAGGGAUUGUUCCAAGUUAUGAUAUUUUUAAUGAUUUGAAUCAAAAUGGGUAUCGGGAUUGGGGUUUACAAGAUGUUGGUUUGACCUUUGACCAAUCUCCUCCGGUCUUACUUCAACAUAGCCGGUCUUCUGGCCAAGAAAUGGGAGGGCAGAAUUGUAAUCUUACUACCACCGGGACCCACCGUAACGGGUCAAACAUUGGUCAACCGCGUAAUGCUUAUGUCGGGGAGAAUUCGUUGAGGGUGAAAGCCGAAAGCUUCAAUGAUGGAAGCUCUCAUAAUAAUUUAUAUCCUGAACAGUAUGGUCAAGAUGAUCUUUUAGCCGCGAUUCUAAAGCAACAGCAGCAGCAAGAGAGUGUCGGGCAGCCAGAAAACGAGUUUGGGUUUGACGGGUAUGCAUUGGAUAAUCUACCGGUGUAAUAAGAGAGGAGUUGUACUUUGUGCUUAAAGUGUUGGACGUUGUGCAGUUUCUGGUGUACAUAGGUUGACUUAUAUCCAAAUCACCGGCUAUCAACUGCCAAGAUAACAAGAUCUUGAAAUUCCGGUUGCUUUUUUAUAUAUAUAUAUAUUUAAUAUAUAUUGCUGUUGUGAAUAUGAUUGCUGCUGCUGCUGAUGAUGAUGAUGAUGAUGAUGAUGAUAGAGCUCGAGAGCACGAUAUGCAAAGGCAUAGACGUGUGGAAAUUUUUGACUGCUUUAGGUAGCCUACAAAAGACCCGAAAAAGCAAGCAAUUUCCUAGGAUUGUGAAUCUGAAGAUUUACUAUAAUUCUCUUUAAUUAGUCUUUGGAAUAAUAAUACGUAGUUUUGUGCUUGUUUUUAAGGUUUUUAACGUAAAUCUUAUUUGUUAGGAUAUAUGGUCGUAGUGUGCAUAGUAAUUGAGUAUUAUUGCUUAAUGAAAGAUCAAACAUGUUUUAUAUGUUUUCAUCGUUGAAAUCGAUGAAGUGAACGAUUCAAUAUUCUAAAUGAGAGUACCGAUUGAAUCUUGUGAA